AUGUCCAAUUACAUUCCCUUCCGACUGUUCCCAGCACUCCUGCCUCUGGGUUGGCAUUACAAUAAUCAGGAGAGUCGUCCAGAGCUAACUCUAUCUAUCUAUCUAUCUAUCUAUCUAUCUAUCUAUCUAUCUAUCUAUCUAUCUGUUUACGUUUCUUCGUAUCUAGCUAAUUCCUAUCUAUCUAUCUAUCUGAUUGAUUACCUCUGUUUCACCCUUAUAUUCACUCAAUAUCUAUCUAUCUCUCUAUCUAUCUAUCUAUCUAUCUAUCUAUCUAUCUAUCUGAUUGAUUACCUCUGUUUCACCCUUACAUUCACUCAAUCUCUCUGUCUAUCUAUCUAUCUAUCUAUAAUGAGAGAAAAUGUGUGUGGGUGGAGAGAUAAAAGUAUUUUUAAUACGGUAUUUACCGUCUUGUCUCCUUUUUUGUUGUUUUUGUCUUCCUAUCGCCACGCAUCGGAGAACCUGGAUGAACAGAAUGUGAACCUCAACUGUGUCGUGUGGAGGUCAUGGCCUGUUAUUAUUAUGGCUUGUCUUCCCAUCCCUAUCAUCUCUCAGUCUGAAUUAUUCUUUCUUUGA